AUGUCGUCAAUAUUAAACCUUUUAAAUAAUGAUACCGGAAGCGAUGAUGACCAGAAAAUCAGAAAUAAUACCAGCCAUAGCCCUCAACGGGUGAAGCAGCAGGAUUUCCCUAAAAUGCCCCUCAAUGGUAUGCUCAACGACGAGUCAACGCCUCCACCAAACCCACUACCAAAUGAACCAGAACCAGUCGCACAUUCCCAUACCAAUGGAACCAAUGACUCCGACUCCAAUCGACGCUCUUCUGCUGCUGAAAUAAACUACAUCAUUUCUCAUAACGGUCCUUCUCUUCCUUCAAAACCAUCCGAUUCUCCACAUGAAGAAAAACCUCUCCCCCAUCAUUACGAAACCCCUCCAAUUUGGGCCCAGUCAUGCCGACCAGGACGCUUCAGAAAGGAAUACAAUCCAAACGUUAGCCCUUUUGUUGUCCCAUCUAAUGAAUACAUGCGCCGAGUGCAAAUGGAACGACAACAACAACAACAACAACAAUUACAAUACGCACAUCAAUGGCAAGGCCGAAGGCCUGUUUUGUUCUAUGAAAAUAUUGCUCUUAAAAAACCUGUAGUAGACUGUGGCCUACCAUAUUCCUUUUUCGACAUGAUGCCUUACGAUGAUAUCUCCCGGAAAAUCGUCUCGUGGCUCUACGCAAACCUCGAUAAUAUUAAAAACAAUGGUGGUGAUCUAAACAAUCUAGAAGUGGAAAUCAAACUUGGGAAAAUCAUUGACAAGUCAACGGACCGCAGAAUCAAUUUCCCAAUUGUAACAGAAACAUUAUUAGAUCCAGAAUUCGCACGAGCUAGCACACGCUUUGAAGCAGGAGUCGAAGACGAGCUAAUAAAAUAUAUCCAGAACGACGUCGAUAAGGCUGCGAAAAAGUUCCCAGACUCUGAAGACAAUACCAAACACCACCACAUCCGAAACCUAGGCUCGCGAACAACUACAGAUCAAAUAUAUCACUUUUCUCGGUCAGACGCCGGGCGCGAGAUUGUGAAACCAGUGCGCGUUACCAUGGACGAAAACAACCGCGAAGUUGAGCGCAUUACAAAGAAAAAUGUCGCCUCGCAUGCAAUCAACUUACCAGGCUCACUUCUCGAUCUACGGAUAAGUAUCAAUUUGGAACUUCCACAAAAUCCUAUGGAGUACGAUGUCUCGAAACUAAGACCAAUCAGUACCCGCAAAAAGGACCGCAUUUCUUACGAAACCCGCGGCCUGCGUAUCGAUAUUACAAGAGUCAAAGCAACAAGCUCGAUAAAACCAGACAUUAUCUACACAAAAGAAGUCGAACUCGAGUUUGAUAAUAAACUACUGGUUGACUGGUUUGAAAAGGCGUCUUCCGGUGAAGAUGAAAAUGGUGCAGCUUACAUGGAAGAGCUUGUACGUCUCAACCUGGACUCUGCGCGUCUGAUUGUUCGUCACGCUUCGGAUAGUCGUCAAUUUAAAUAA